AUGGGAGGGCGCAUCUGGGCACGCACAGACUGUUCAUUCCAUGGCGAAGGCAUUGGGUCAUGCCAAACUGGCGGUUGCGGCGGCUUGCUCGUUUGUAAGGGGAAUGGUCAACCGCCCAACACGCUGGGCGAAUUCACGCUUGGCCAAGACCAAACGAAUGACUUCUUCGACAUCUCCCUCCUCGACGGCUUCAAUGUGCCCAUGGAGUUACUGCCGGUGCUGGUUCGGGGAAGGUCAGGGUGCGGCAAGGGGCUGCGCUGCGCAGCCAACAUCACAUCACAGUGCCCAGGCGACCUGAAGGCUCCGGGGGGUUGUAACAACGCGUGCACAGUGUUCAAGCAGGACAUAUACUGCUUGAAUGGAAGCACAAUAAGCAGCCCCACAAAUUAUUCGAAAUUCUUUAAGCGGAUGUGCCCAGAUGCCUACAGCUACCCCGACGAUGGUUCCACCAGAACUUUCAAUUGCCCGUCGGGGACCAACUACCAGGUUGUUUUCUGUCCCCUGAUUAAUCACACACUAUCGCCUACAACUCAAAGUCCCCAGAUUAAUCAAGCACUGACGCCUACAGCUGAAAGUGGCUUCAUUUUCUUCACCAUCUUGUUCCUCGUCAGUUUCUUCAUACGUAAACGAAGAACACAAUGGCAGCAUGGGAUGGAACAAGAGGAAGAGUUUGGGGAGCUACAAGGAACACCAAUGAGGUUCACAUUUCAACAGCUAAAAGCAGCAACCGAGCAGUUCAAAGACAAGCUCGGGGAAGGAGGAUUUGGGUCUGUUUUCAAGGGUCAAUUUGCUGAUGAAAGGAUUGCGGUAAAACGUUUGGAUCGAUCUGGUCAAGGCAAAACAGAAUUUUCGGCAGAGGUUCAGACAAUUGGCAGCAUUCAUCACAUUAACCUGGUGAGAUUGAUUGGCUUCUGUGCAGAGAAAUCCCAUAGGCUCUUGGUAUAUGAGUACAUGCCCAAAGGAUCCUUGGACAGAUGGAUCUAUUGUCGACAUGACAAUGAUGCUCCUCCUCUACAUUGGAGCACACGGUGCAAGAUUAUCACUCAUAUAGCUAAGGGCCUCACGUAUCUUCACGAGGAGUGCACAAAACGAAUUGCUCAUUUGGAUGUCAAACCACACAACAUCCUCUUAGAUGACAACUUCAAUGCUAAACUUUCUGAUUUUGGACUAUGCAAGCUCAUUGACAGGGAUAUGAGCCAAGUGGUUACUAGAAUGAGAGGCACACCUGGGUAUUUAGCUCCUGAAUGGUUGACAUCACAGAUCACGGAAAAGGCAGAUGUCUAUAGCUUUGGCGUUGUGGUCAUGGAAAUCAUGAGUGGAAGAAAGAACCUUGACACUUCCCGGUCAGAGGAGAGCAUUCAUCUCAUUACCCUAUUGGAGGAAAAGGUGAAGAGUGAUCGGUUGGUAGAUUUGAUUGACAAUAACAGCACCGACAUGCAAGCACACAAGCAAGAUGUAAUUCAGAUGAUCAUGCUUGCAAUGUGGUGCUUGCAGAUUGAUUGCAAAAGAAGGCCUAAAAUGUCUGAGGUAGUAAAAGUAUUGGAAGGUGCCAUGAAUAUAGACAUCAACAUAGAUCAUAACUUUGUUGUGAAUUCAGCAAAUUUUGGUAGUGCUGGAAAUGUGAGGUCUUCAGCUCCACCUCUAGCCUCAGAUGUAUCAGGCCCUAGGUGA